AUGUACGCCGACGAUCUUAAGAUAUACCGAAUCAUUAGCUUGCUGGUGGAUUGUGCAGCCUUGCAACAAGAUAUCGACGCUGUGGCUGCUUGGUGUGCCUCAAACGGAAUGGAGCUGAACGCGAUCAAGUGUAAGCUAAUAAGUUUCAGUAAGUCGCAAACGCUGUUGACUUUUGAUUACAGAGCAAAUGGGAUAGUGCUGGAACGAGUUAACUCAAUCAAGGAUCUAGGAGUAAUUAUGGACAGCAAGCUAAGUUUUAACGACCAUGUGACCUCGACAACCGCUAAGGCUUUUGCUGUUCUUGGGUUCGUCCGACGAAAUGCCUCUGAGUUCCGUGAUGCGUACGCUUUAAAAAGUGUUUACUGUUCGCUUGUCCGAAGUAUUCUGGAGUAUGCGGUUCAAAUCUGGGCUCCGUAUAGGGAAACCCAAAUCGGACGUAUAGAAAGGGUCCAACGGUGCUUCGUUCGCUAUGCUUUACGGAGACUGACCCGCUGCAGCUGCCACCGUACAAUGACCGAUGUCAACUUAUAA